GUUUGAUUUAGACGAGGUGGAAAAUUGCUUGACUUGCUCAAAAUAAACCGUGAGCGAUGCCAUAGAAUGUGCUAUUUGUUAUUUUCCCUCAUAAAUAAUCAGUGCAAAAUGUAUCGCAAAAUAAAUCCGUUGUCAUAAUUUGAAUGCGAAUCGAGAACGAAGAUUUUUUUCCCACCGAAUGUGUGUUGUGGGAUUUAAAUUGAGAGAAAUACACGAGACAGAGUUUGAUUUGCUGACUGAUUUUGUUGAAAUUGGUAGUCUUUUGAAUGAUUUUUCGAUUGGGUUUUUUGAUUCAGCCAUUUCGACAUACAAAUUGAAAAUAAAGAACUUCGAAUGAAAAAUGAUUGGUGCCAUUAAAAUGAUAGUAGCCGAAUGCCGUGCUUCAGUGAUUUGUGUUCGAGUUUCGAAUAAAUUUAAAUAAUUUAGCUCAUUUUAACUUAACACAGUGAAAAAAAAAAGAAACAACGUUCGAUUCGCUUCUGACUUCGUCGAAUCCAAUGAACCGUGCACGAUGUGAUAAGUGCAAUCGACCAUGCCGUUUUGAUUGUUAUUAAAUUGUGCAUCGUUAUUUAAGUGGCUGCAACCAGAGAAACUAUUACAGCGUUUGGAUUUGUUCCUUCUUUGUUUUUUUUUUAACUAGUUUCUACUUGUUUUAAUAUCUUUACUCAAAACGGUUUGCAACUUAAUAGGUUUCUCAAUUAAGAGCGAUAUCAAAGUUUUGAAUGGAAGAGAGAGAGAGAGAGACAGAGUUAACGUAAUUAAGCUACAUCUCCCCCUACUUCAUUGACAAAAUCGCGCCGUAUAUAGGAAAUUGGGUUGUAGUAUGUGCGUGCAUGAACGAAAAAAAAUUGUGUAUCUUUGUUGUGUGUAUAUUUUUUUUUUCAAUCGCCGGAAUGACAUUGGCUCUGAAUAAAUGUUCAUAUCGAAUGCGAGAUAUUGUCGUAGACUGCAAAGUCCAAGUAGAAUAAAUUGCCAAAAACGACAGUGAAAUCGUUUAUUUGGAGUAGCGCAAAGAAAAGCAAUAAACGAAAGAGAGAAAAAAACAACAACACCAAGAAUUCAGCGUCGGUUGAGCAGACACAAAGUAAAUGUUUGUGUAGGAAAUUCAGUGAAUACGCGCGCUCGCGCUGACAACUGAUUAUGUCAUCUCAGCAUACACAGUGCUGAUCUCUAAAUUUAGUUGUGUGAAAUUCGCCCAUAUAUACACAGAUACAAACGAUUCGUGUCUUGUGAUGUCAAACACGAUUAUUCUCUUGACUGGUCACAUUAUCGCCGAUUACUUGAUUAUCGUCGCAAAGCGAAUUGUUCAUAUUUUUUUUUAUCUUUAUUGCAGUGAUAAAAACACCGCUUAUAGUUUUAUUUUUGUCGUCUAAAAAUAUUCAUUGCAUUUUGGAUUUUGAUAACGAUUUAUUUCCCGCAGAAAAAAAAAAUUUGUGCAAUUUUUCUGCUGACAAACACACUAAUUUUAACGGGUGCUCAAUAGAAAAGAGAUGAAGAAUGUUCAAGUGCUACCGGUUGUGGUAGGCAUUACAUUGUGUACGGCGAGCGCAGCGUUGUUCUACAAAUGGUACAAAACACGGAAUGCACCGCAGGAUCGAGUGGAUGGUGCAUCACCUCGCCCGAAAUGGAAGGCAAAAACUCAGUCGAAAAAUACGAAAAUCGAUGUGACCAUACCGAAUGAUACGUUGCAAUUGGUGAUGGGCCGUGCCGGUGCGAAUGUCAAAGCCAUCGAAGAACGAACAGGUGUGAAAAUUUCCUUCCGCGAUAAAGAUGGCCAAAAUCAAUUUUGCGAGAUUACCGGCCCGUACGAAAGCGUCAUGAAAGCAGCCAGUUCAAUUAACGAUGAAAUCAAGCGUUCACAAUCGGUCACCGAGGACAUCAUCAUUCCGAAGUCGACACACGAAAAGAUUAGCUUGAAAAUUUUGCGCGAUAUUUGUCAUGAAACUGCUACAAAGAUUCGCAUCGAAGGUGGACUCGAGGAUAAAACCAUGCGCAAGGUCAAUAUUACCGGCACAUUUCCGAAUGUCCAAAAAGCCAAGCGAUUGAUUGAAGACCAAGUGCGCCAAGAUCUCAUCGAUCGCGAAACUGAAUCCAAACCUUCACCACAGCCAACGCUAUCGGCGGGACUGCUGUCGAAUAUUGAAAAUUUCAACCGGAUGCCAAGUAAACUUGGCGGUCAAAUGGAAGUAUAUGUGUCGGCUGUUGCAUCACCAGCACGAUUUUGGGUGCAAAUUGUUAGUCCACAAAUUAAAAAGUUAGAUGAGUUGAUCAACGAAAUGACUGAGUAUUAUAGCCAAGCUGAGAAUAAGGACCGGCAUCGCAUUAAAGAUCCGUAUCUUGGACAAAUCGUGGCCGCCGCCUUUCAGUAUGAUAACAAAUGGUACCGCGCCGAAAUUGUGGCUAUUGUGCCGAACGAAUACGAUCCACGAAGGGUCGCUUUAGAUUUGUACUUUUUGGAUUUCGGUGAUAGCAUCUAUGUUGAUCCUCAUGAUGUUUAUGAACUUCGCACUGACUUUUUGACUCUGCGAUACCAAGCAAUUGAAUGCUUUUUGGCAAACGUUCAACCAGUUCAUCCGGUUGAAGGGACUCAAUGGAAUCACGAAGCAAUCAACAAGUUUGAAGAACUGACACAUGUUGCCAAAUGGAAAAAGCUAAAUGCCAAAACAGUGAAAACAAGAGAACGUUUCAGAACCUAUGACGCAAACCAACGAGAAAGUUCAACGAUUCCUGGUAUUGAACUGUACGACAUCAUUGACGACCACGAAGUGAGUUUGGCAUCGAUUUUAAUUCUCGAAAACUUUGCGGUGCCAGCAAAUCAAGACGAUGCACCGACGCCGUUGUCACGAUAUUCAUCAUCUGAGAAUGUGUUGCGAUUGGAUGGUGGAUCAAAUCCAACUGGAUCAGUUGCCGAGAAAGCGAUGAUGUUCGAAUUAACAGCUAAUAUUCAAAAUAGUCGAAACACCAGCCCAAUGCCAAAAUCGAAUGGCAGCAGUUCAGAUGGUCAACGAUCGCCACGAUUUUCAUCGAGUCCCCGAAGGAACAACAUUCAGAAGAAGAAAGCAACAAAAGAGAAAAACAAUAGUGUCAAAAAUCUAUCAAAUGGAGACGAUAAAAGCGGUAAUUUUCAGGAACUGCUAACGCAACAAUUGCUAGCGAAUAAAAGCUGGAGUGAACUCAUGGACUCUGAGUCAUAAAAAAAGCAGAUUUUGAUCAAAUACAAAUCGUUUUCAUCCUCAUUGUAUUUCGUUGGCUCGUUAAAAUCAAAAUCAAUGUUGACUCAUUUUGUGAUUUGUUGUAACAUAAUUGAUUUAGGAACUUUCUUUACAAAACUUGAAUUUUUUUGAAUGAAUUUCAUCAGUUCACAGUUCAACUCACUAUUUAGUUAUAUAAGUAGAUUCUCAUGGUAUGAAAUAUCAUAAGUUAAAGAAGUAGUUGCCAAAAUGUGAAACUUGGAACUGUAGAAUUUAGUCAUGGUUAAGACUCAUUUGUACUUAAACUCGCCAUUGCACAUGGUUUUAAUCAAUUCACAUUUUAUUUUCAGAGUCUUCAUUGAACGCAAAAUGUGUUCAGCCAAUACAGUUUCUAUUUCUCAACUUUCACACGCUUUAAUCGAUAUAUUUCGCGCAUAGGAAUCGAAUAUGAAAAUACGCAAUUUUUUUCUCUUCAAAUCUCUGCCCUAAAUAUUCACAAACAGGCUUUUACCUAUAAAUAUAAAUACCACCUCAUCUAUCAUAUUAUAUAUGUAUAUUAGCUGUAAGACGCAAAUAUUUAUGCUCAUGAAACAACCGAUUGUAGUGCAUAGAGUAGAACGAUGGGCUGGGCUUAUUCGUUAUAGAGUUUGCAGUUGAACAAAAUGAAUAGAAAAGUGCCCGAAUUUGAGUAAAGUGGAAAUUCAAAUUUAAUUUAAAACCAGAUGCCUUUGAUUGAUUUAUUUUGCGUUAGAAACCAAAUCGAACGCAUUGAUUUAGGUUAGAGUGAAUGUUAUGUUUGGACGGGGCUGUUAAUUCAGCGGUUGUAUGCGGAUUAGCAUCAGCAUGUAAACAAAAAGUGUAUUUUUAGCGAACAAAAAUUACAUAUUUCGCACAAUUCACAUUAAAUUCAAAUAAGACAAAUUUAAAAUGGGUCACACCUGAUGCUGAUAGCAGUCAUUAGGCAAACGCUGGCCAAUUACUGCACUUGAAACACCGUUCAAUAGAGAUUGAUUUGUAAUUAUUUUAUGAAGAUUGUUUCAAAUGUUGAAUUUAAUAUUAAUUUAAGCUUAGAUGAAAGGUUAUACGUUUAUCGCAAAAUGUUACGAAAGACAUUUAAAUAAACCAGUUUUAUGAGAAUUAAA